CAAUUAAAAAACGUAAUAUCUGCUUCCUGUGCAAGGUGUAUAUAAGGCCCUGCACUUCUAAACUUCACACAUACUACUGCCACAAGGUCUUCAAAGUAGUGCAACAGACGCAACAACAACCAGACAUUACCAUGGCAAAGCUGAUCAUUCUCCUGCUGGCGGGUUUCGUCAGUGCUGCUAUGGCGAACACACGAACCUGUUUCUGUGAAAUCCGGACGAGUACAUCGCGAAGCGACCCCAUUUUCCUCGAUGUGCCGAACCCUCUGUACAGGCACUGGCUUCACCUCACCUGCUCCACCGCCAAACAGUCAUGUCCGGACGACUGCAGGAGAGCUGCCGCUAACGCUCUGGGCGGAUCCGUACAUCCCCUGAACAACGAUGCAGGAGCCGCGGCUUGUGCCAGGCUGAAGCGCCAGGUGACCCCGGAUAACCCCGUCCACCUGUACGCGCACUACUCCACCAGCAGCUGUGACCAUCGUGGGUACCAGUACCUGGGCGAGCUGUGCUGCUGGGAGAUCAACUUCGGCCCCGCCUAUCCCGUACACUACCUACACAACCCCAGCUGCUCCGCCGAUCAGCAUCCUUUAGGCUUGUAGACAAACUUUUGUAACAAGCUAUUUACAUUUCUCGAAUCAAG